AUGAAAGCAUUCGACAAGAGGAGCAUGAAAUUACUCCGUGAGAUCCGCACAAUAAAAUCCUUCUCUUGUUCAAGUCCUCCCGUUCCGACAGAGCUGGCGUACAUCCAUCGGCUCCCAGCGGAACUUCUACAACAGGUCUUCUUGCUCAUUGUUAACGACAUCCCAGGCUGUCCCAGCAUCUUCUCAUUAGAAUAUAACACUAUUUCGCUCAAUGUUUCCAACCCUCCCUUAGUCUUCACCAGAGUGUGCCGUCUCUGGCGAGCCGUUGCAUAUUCAACACCAGAAGUCUGGUCACGCAUCCUGGUCGCGCUCCCUGGGAAAGUUAAACCAUGGAAACCAUUUCUUCCAUAUUUCCUCCAGUGUUGGCUUGCUCGCUCUGUCAGGCUGCCCCUCACCCUUUGGAUUGUUGACGAUUUCCAGAACCGCAAGUGCAAUUGGAUUGAACCAGUGGCAGACUCUCGACUUCUUGAUAUCCUCCUUUCUGAGAGCCAGCGUUGGGAAACGGUGUCUAUGUCACCCGUGCAAGGCUGGAAUCCUGACUUCAACACACCUCAGUUGAAAGCCUUGGAGUGCAAUGAAUCAAAUCUCAGGAACAUCGAUGCACCAAAGCUUUCCUACCUACGCGUCGAUGGUUAUUUUUGUUUGACCGUCCCAAACGGACAGUCGACCCUUACUUGCAGAGAUCUAUGUCAUAUCCGCCUGCGGGCCGCUUCUGCGCCUGCUAUAUGCUCCACUAUAGCCAGUUUCGCUCAUCUGGAGACCAUCGUGGUUGAUAAAAUCAUACCCUUUCAUUUUGGGGACGUUCCUGCCCCUAUAAGUAAUUUGGUGCUUGAAUCGAUGACUCUCCCCCUCCCCUUCUAUUUUCUAGAGGACACCCGACAAGAGUUUAUCAAGAUAUUCACUCGACUUCACCUUCCCAUGUUGCGGAAAUUGACUCUGGUGGGGGCGCCGGAAAAACUACAAGUGGAUUGUCUUUUAGCGAUGCUAGCAGUUGCAUCUUUCCAGGUGCCAGUGGUAGAGUUUCGGACAGGCACUGCACCGCUGAGCACAGUUCAUAAGAACAAUAUUACGUCGUUGCUCUCAGUUGUGAGAGAGGUUACUUAUUAUGGGUAG